CAUGCGCGGUGGCUGUUUUGACUUCCUACUCCAGCGGCGAUGGCAGAAUGUUUUGCUAAAUAGUUUAAUGAAAUAAAUCAUUACAUCCGAUAGCUGUGGGUAUGUAGCCAACUGCUCAUUGCUUCAAUAGUUGUUUUGUGUGUGUUAAACUGGCGAAACAAGAGAAGACAUGGCUGAGGAAAGAUUCAGGAAAGAAGAAACCCUCGAAAUGAGGCAGAGGUUAAUUGGCCAGUCGUGCAGACUCUUCUAUUCAGAAGACCCUGUGAAGAUAGUCAAAGCAAGAGGACAGUAUAUGUUUGAUGAAAAUGGCAAACGCUACCUGGAUUGCAUCAGUAACGUCCAACAUGUGGGACAUUGUCACCCUGCUAUAACAAAGGCUGCUACGGCUCAAAUGGACCUCCUGAAUGCAAAUUCACGCUUUCUCCAUGACAACAUAGUCCUGUAUGCAGAUCGACUGGCAGCUACCUUGCCCAAGAAACUGUCUGUCUUCUAUUUUGUGAACUCCGGGUCAGAGGCCAACGAUCUAGCCCUCCGCCUGGCAGAGCAGUACACCCGACAUGAGGACGUCGUAGUGCUAGAUCAUGCAUACCACGGGCAUCUAAAGUCACUCAUCGACAUUAGUCCUUACAAGUUCCGGAAACUGGCAGGACAGAAAGAAUGGGUUCAUGUGGCUCCCUUACCUGACACCUACAGAGGCAUAUAUAGAGAGGAGCAUCCCAAUCCAGGCCAAGCUUAUGCUGAUACAGUAAAACACCUGAUAGAGGAGAUCAAUAAAAAAGGUCGAAAGAUUGCGGCCUUCUUUGCUGAGUCCUUGCCCAGUGUUGGGGGGCAAAUCAUCUUGCCCCAAGGAUACUUCUCUAAAGUCGCAGAACAUGUGCGCUCUGCUGGUGGAGUAUUUGUUGCAGAUGAAGUUCAGACAGGUUUUGGACGAACUGGGACUCAUUUUUGGGCUUUCCAGCUUCAGGGAGAGGAUUUCUGCCCGGAUAUCGUGACCAUGGGGAAGCCGAUGGGUAACGGCCAUCCUCUGGCAUGUGUGGCCACUACUGUGGAGAUAGCCGGAGCUUUCACUGCUAAUGGAGUGGAGUACUUCAAUACGUUUGGGGGGACUCCAGUGUCAUGUGCCAUUGGCUUGGCAGUUCUUGAUGUGAUUGAGAAGGAAGAUCUAAGAGGAAAUGCCAUAAGGGUGGGAGCACAUCUCAAAGAUUUGCUAAAGAAGCUACAACAAAGACAUGAAAUAAUUGGAGAUGUCCGUGGGGUCGGCUUGUUUGUGGGACUAGAGCUGGUUAUAGACAGACGAACUAAAACUCCUGCCACUAAAACUGCAGCGUUGGUGGUAAAGAGGUUAAAGGAAGAGGAUCGAAUCUGUGUCAGCACAGACGGCCCCUGGGAAAGUGUCCUGAAGUUCAAGCCUCCCAUGUGCUUCAGUAUGGAAGACGCAGAGCUGGUUGUUCGGUGCAUUGACCGCAUCCUCACUGACAUGGAGGCCAAGAAUCUCAAAUUGGAAAAUGAAGACAUCUAAAGUUUGCCAAACCUGUAGAAAACCUUUAAUUGCAUUCAACAUUGUCAAGAUGUCACAUUCAUGAAGUUGUUCAGAGGUAGAGAUAUCCACACUUCAGGCUGCUGCAGUUCUGACAGGCUUGCAGGUCAUUUCAGAGGUGGCAUUUCCCACCCCACCCCAACCCCCAAAAUACUGACUGCUGUGGGACUUCAAGACUUUUCUGGUACAUCAAGUAUUAAAUGUGGGUCAAAGCCCAAUGGAAAUGCAUUGUAAAGGAUUUGGGUGUCGAGUUCUAUUGAAGCUACAUUUUCAUGGUAAAAUAUUGUUUUGGGUGUUCAGCAUCAAAUUUGUGGUGUAGAUUUUUGCAGAACAUGUGAUCAGUCUUUUCUCUGAUAUCACAACCAUUAUCAUAUAGCCUCUUUUCUAAAUUAAAAAGAAAAAUGUCAACUCUUAAAUCAUGGAAAUAAAAGUUUAAAUUCUUAAUUGCAUUGCCUGUUCCUUUGCCCACAGCGGCCAUAAUUUAAAUAAUGCAGCUUCAUCAUACGUAUCCAAAACACGUCAUCAACACACAGUAGGCCCAGUUAAGCACUUACCAGACCAUCUUUAACUGAUGGACACAUUGUUACAAAAGCUCAAGUGUUCCAGGUUCACAUUAAGUGCGGUUGGGUAUUAACAGGUAGAGAAGCCCUCCUGCCACAUCUCCCCAAACAGGAAUCCGAGGAGAUGUCAUUACUCGAAGCAAAACAUGCAAGCCAAUUUACCAUUAACAGUACAUUAAAACAGGACAUUUAACAUUAACUUUACAAAAAAAUAACCAAAAGAUCCAUGUGUAAUAUAAACCAAAUUUUUAUUUCUAUCAAUUUGCCCAAGACACUAGAGGAAUGAGUUUCCAGUGACAGAGGGGUUACCCUCUUACAUUAUAACAGGCUUGCGUUCAAGUUGAGUAACACUAAUAAAGCCACUUAAAAUUUGCAGACAUGGUGGGGAGAAACUUCCUUAAAAGCAAAAAAGAAAAACAACAAAAAGAAAUAAA